AUGCCUGGUCUGGAGAUCCCGGGUGAAUUGUUGCGUCAUGCCGUUCUUGAUACCGUUGUGCCUCAUGCUCCAGCAUUCGACAUUGAGGCCGCCCUCAGUUCGGCCCUAGAGAAUGGAGCUGAUGAUCUCCCCUCUGUUCUCUCGUCAAUCCCUCAACGGUCUCUAUUGUUCUUUGAUGAAUUUUUGUUCGUCCGUAUCGUCUUGAGACUGUCGGAUUGCUCAGGAACGAUCCUGAAACAUUACCUGCCACGACUCGAAGUCAAGCUCGAUGUCUUUGCCGUCGAUCCAGCGGAAUCAGUUGGUGAAAACCUCACGCCAACUCGAGAUAUAAUAUUCUCGGGGAUUGUUAGUGGAGAUGAGGAUCCUCUGGUGGUUUUCAAUGAAUUUGAGGGCGAUGAAGGCAGUGGAAACCAUGUCUAUUUGGUAUGGAAUAUUGAAACUAUACUACGACGUCCCCGUAUCCGAAUCCAACACCCCUCACUCUUAUUCAUUGCCUCUGCCAGUCUGAAUCCGGCUGAUGCUCGCCGCCAAGAUGAUUCGGAGGAUGACUAUCUCCCCUCACUCGUGCCCGCAUCGACCAACAUGCUGCAAUCUCUAUCCACCGACAAAUCCUUCAAUCAUAAAGAGCCUUUCCUUCCUGCUUCCAGACUGUUGAGGGUUGUACCGACAACGUAUAACGAGGACCCGAUAUACAAUAUCCAGCAACAACAUGGCCAUCCCUUUCGCGUUGUGCCCGCUGCAAGUGCAAGGAUUCGGUACUCUCGGCUGAGUUCCUACACUGCUAUACCAAUGACCGUGGCCAGUCUUGACUUUGAGGUCACUCCUUAUCUGGCUUGCGAGGUCUCUUUUGACAAAGCAAGUCUUCACCUGUCCGAGGGAACGAUUGAGUCGCUGUCAGACACCCCGGGCCUGAACCUUCCUAUUACUUGCCGUCCGCGAGACGACGUGACUCUAAUGUAUAAACUCACACCGGAGUAUGGCCCAGAGACCAAUCCAUCAUCUACCGCGUUGGUUAGCACGCUGGACAUAUCUCUGGAGGCAAUAAUUCUCGUGGAUGAUACCUGCAAGCCACGUAUUUCUAUGCAGUGGAAAACCAAUGUUGAUUUCUCAGUUGCCCUAAAUCCAACUUUUGGGGGCCCAGUCCAGCACUGCAGAGGACCAACCGCCCUACCAGUCUAUCGGUAUCAACUCAACUCAUUACGAGAACGAGCAUAUUCGGUCACCGAUGUGGGCAUAACAAUUUCCUUCUCCGGACCUGUUCGUGUGCAAGUGGGUUCUGUCUUCUCUUGGGAUGUUUUUAUUGUCAAUCGAUCAAACGUUCCUCGCAAGUUUGCCUUGAUCGCCAUCCCCAAGCGGAAACGUGUGGACCCACGAGGUCAUGUUGCUCGGCCUUCAUCAUCAUCUAUUACUAGCCGGAAGGAGGACCAAGUGGCCGAGGCGGUCACUGACGAUAAUAUUGUUCAUGCGAGGCAAAAGAGUGUGUCUGGCCAGGAAGCGGAACUGAUCAGCUUGAGCACGGAUAUUCGCGUGGGCCCUCUCCUUCCAGGAACUUGCCACUCGACCGAAAUCAAACUUCUUCCUUUGGCUACGGGCCCACUUCAUUUGGAGGCAGUCCGGCUUGUAGAUGUGAACACGAACGAAACGACUGAUAUCCGAGAUCUUCCGGACAUUUUGGCGGAUGAUCAGCCUCGCUCUGGUUAA